AUGAGGCGGGGGAGGUGUUUGUGCGGUCGCGCGGGCGGCCGGCGGCCCGGGCUGCACGCUGCACCGCGCCAAGGUCAGCCGACGCACGCAUGCGCCGUACCCAUCCCCCCUCCCCCACCGCCCCACCGCCCCACACCCGCCAUGGCCAAACCGCACCCGCGCCGCUUAUGUGUUCCUGUUACCCGCUCUCCGAAUAACGCCCGCUCCCUCCAUUUUUCAACAUCACUGCUAUUCAUCCUAUCGUCUGUCUGGCCAGCCAACGUGCGAGCGCGUCGCCGCUCGGUCGCCUCCUACGUCCGCGCCGCUCGAUUCGGUUGCAAUGUUCCAUUCACCUUAUUCGCCGGCGUCGAGGUUCAG